AUGGUAGAGAUAAUAGAUAAAAUACGGGAGAUAAAAUAUGCAGAUGAAAUGGAUUAUAUUGUUGAAGGAUUGGUUAACAAUGAAAUAGAGGAAUCCUUGAGGUUAAUACUUGACUUGACAAAUGAUGAGAAGUUCAAAAGCUACAUGAAAGAAUCCAGGUAUUUGGAUGAAAUAAUCCAGGUAAUAUCUGAGAAGGGGGUAUUAGAAACUACAUCCGGUAUGGUGCUUGAGAUAUUAUCAAGGACUUUCAAUCCAUAUUCUCUUGUUGAUUUCAAGGGUUUAUUUAAGGUCCUGGCGAUGGCAUUUAAUAGGUGUGAAGUGGAAAAUAUAUCGGCAGAGUCUUCUAUCUGUGUCCAAAGGGAGGCAAACUUCAUUACAGAAAUACUAGAGAAAAUUCCGAUUAAGUGGUAUUCUAAAUUUUCUAAUCACACAGAGCUCAGAAAAGUGGUUUUUUCCUUACAGAUGUGUACAAGCAGAAAAGUGAUAGAAUGGAACAAGUUUCUGAUUUCUCUUCUAAUGAAGCAUCCUGAAUUAGGAAUUAUCGAUGAUUUUGCUUCCAUUCUAUUGAAGAAAGGUAGAAACUACGAAGUAAUAGCAAAUUAUACAAUGUUUAGGGAAAAUGCUGAAAAGUUAUUUCUUAGUGAGAACUUCAGACAGUGUUUAAGAAGAGUAGUUAUAAAGGAGUUCAUAAAAGACAAAGAUUAUAAAAGGCCCAGAUACAUGCUGAAAGGACUUACCCCGAAGUCUCUUGUCCUGCCAGUUCCCGAAACAAAAAAAAAAGAGAGCUUGGGAGGAAUAGAAAAAGACUCAAAAAGCUUGAGUAGGAAAAGAUUUUUGAUAAUAAUACUUAUCAAUUUGCUUUUUAGAGAUUUCCAUUUAGACAUUCCUCUAAGCUUGAUUGAAAGAGCCUAUUAUAGUGUGGAUGAAAUAACCAGAUGUUACAUAGCCAUACUUCUUCUUUCAAUUGAAUAUUCGGAAAAGAACACUGUUCAAAGUAUACAUGUUGAAGAUCUUAAGAAAGAUGCGAGACAUCUACUUUCCAUCUCCAAUACAUGCUUAUGCGAAGAAAUCCUAAAUAGAUUAAUCAAAAUAUCAAGUUAG